CAACUACAUUUCCCAGAAUCCCUUUCUCCGGUCACAUGACUGGGUAGUGGGCGGAGUCUGUGUCAUACUGACCUUCUGGAGCCGCUGCGACCGACAGACCGACCAUGAUCCGAAUUUCCCGAUCCGUCCUGAGGUUGCCGGCCGCCAGUGUAAGAUAUUACGCCCAAACUGCGGAGACGGUUGUGGAGAAGGAUGGAGCAUCGGCGACAGAAGCCGCGUCACAAACUGUCCGCGUGUCCCAGAAGACGCAGGUGGAGUCGCGGUCCUUUGCGGUUGGGAUGUUCAAUGGCCUCAUCCAUGCAGAGCAAGUCUUCCCCUUCCCCUCCGUGCUGAGUGAAGAGCAGUCUCAGUUCCUCGGUGAGUUGGUCGCUCCCGUCUCGCGCUUCUUCCAGGAGGUGAAUGACCCGGCGCGGAACGAUGACCUGCAGAUGGUGGAGGAGAAGACGAUGGAGGGACUGAAGGAACUCGGAGCAUUUGGCCUGCAGGUCCCGGUGGACUUGGGGGGGAUGGGACUGAAUAACACCCAGUACGCCCGUCUGGUGGAGGUUGUCGGGUUGCACGACCUCGGUGUCGGUAUCACUCUCGGCGCUCACCAGUCCAUCGGCUUCAAGGGAAUCCUCCUGUAUGGGACAGAAGAGCAGAAGAAGAAGUAUCUGCCCCGAUUGGCCUCAGGUGAAACGAUUGCAGCAUUUUGUCUGACGGAACCGUCCAGCGGAUCUGACGCGGCGUCCAUCCGAACCACGGCAAAGAAGAGCUCCUGCGGAAGCUUCUAUACCCUGACCGGGGGCAAACUCUGGAUCAG